AUGUACUUUCCACGCACGUCUAAAGCGAGUGGCCAGAUAGCCUUGUCAGCCGACGGACCAGAAGGACCGGCGCUGCAGGAAGAACUUCGGCGCUGUCUGGCAAUCGAUGGACUCAAGAAUAGAGAAAGUGAAACAGUUGCCGGUAAAAGCCAGAACGCACAGCCAGAAAAAUGUACUCAGGUUCAUCAGAAUAUUGAGUUGCAUCGACAGCAAGGCGGCUCAAGUCUUGUUCCUUCAUUGCCUCGUUCUCUGUGCCCCGUUGGCUUGCUGCAACGGUGUGCACCCGCACGGGAUCUGAACGAACAAUACCUUGAAACUCACGCGAUUGAUGCGGAGGAUCGUCCGGUUCGCUCUAGUGUCCAUGCAUUGUCUGUUCUAGGUGGUGGUCUCCACCAGCACCCCCAGGAGGGGGAUAUCCUAGGCAAAAAGUCCGCGCCUCUCUUGUCUGCCCCGACUGCGACAGCAUGGCAGGCAGCACGGGAGGCUACGAAAAGAGAACUAUGCCAAGCACCAGCAGCGGCAAGCACUGACUAUGCCUUAAUGCCUCCGCAGUCUGUUGCGCAUGUUGAUUCGCACAAUCUUUCAGCAUGCCCCACUAAUAGUACUCGAACGUAUACUGCCGUGGGAGUUUCGGCAGCGUCCUUUCUUCGAAAAUAUCAGCGACCCCAACACCGUGUUAGAUAUAGUGCUCGAAGACAUUUUGUAGUCCCUCGCAGGCGAACUUUCGCCACUUUCCGAGAAUGGCUAGCCGAGGACCACCAGCCCCCUAGCAAGGCAUCCGGACCCCGAGAACAGUUCCCUGCCCGGCGAGGAAUAUGCCACAGUGCUUCUACAGACCCCUCGAGUGGUUUUCUUUCUGCAGCCAUUAAGCUGAGGGCUGCCGUUGAGAGGAGAGCAUGCCAGGCUGUUGAGGAAGAAGUACGAGACCUCAGUGUCAGUCAUUCAACACAGUCACAGCAAGCUACAUACGUGAAAGCCCAACAGAAAGCUCUGGAAGCCCAAACGAACGCCCGAACAAGUCUCGAUUGUACCGGUAGAAAGAAAUUGGCAAAGGCUGGACCAGCCACUCCCCCUGGCGUGCGAGCACGGGUACGGUGGCCUUUACCCAACAAACUCCAGAAGCAUGUGUUUAAGCACACGAGACCAGAUGCAGAGAAAAGUUUGUGCACAGCUGCUCAGUCAGCUAUCGAGACGGGCAAAGCUAUGACUGAAUGGAGAAACUCUUCUCUACCAGACAUCAGUGGUUACAAGGGGCGAGAUGCAAUGCACGACAAACCAGAUCUAACUUCCUCACUCUGUCACCGGCAUGCACAAACCGAAGCAGCCGAAUACGCAUUCAGAGAAGCCGCAGCCAAAGCAAUCAAUGCUGCGUCAAUACGGCUUACACGGUCCAGUACUGCGCCAUCUUGGCAUAUGAACCGCCCACGUGAACAGCUCCGAUCAAGUAACUUAGAUUCACAGGAAUGGUGCGAGCGUUAUUUUGACAGGGGACGACCGAGAGAGAGUCAUGCUGAUAAAGACGAAGAACAAAAGGUCCCUCUGGAUUACCUUGAUGGAGCCUGCCUGGGAUCGGCAGAAGAUGUGAUCAUGCACACCAUCAAUCCUCUGGAGGAGGCCCUAGUCUCACUGCAAAAGAUAAAAAAGACUGAAAGCUGCACGCUUAGCUUGACCAGCAACCAAGGUAUUCGUGAUGGCCGAAAUAACGGUGAGAAUGGUCAACGGGAAAAGCAGCGCUUCCCCGCAGAGGGAGACGCUCCUUUCAUCAACAUACGAAAGCUGCCUAGCACGCUCUUAGCCGGGACUGAGCCUUCCUACUACGAAGGGGAGCCAAAUUUCGGAAAACAGCGAAAAGAUUGGGGGUGUUUACAGCAUGCGCCGUGGAGGAUGAAAAACCUCCCUCUAGAAGAUUUUGACGUGCCAGAAGACUACGGAGAGGCCUGCCCUCAAGCUUUGUUGCAACGAUGUCACUCGGAUCGUCAGCUGGUGUGUCCUAAGUCGCAAUCCAGGAACCCUGAUUUUCUUCAAGAAACCUACAGCAGAGAGUUUUUUCAAAGUAAGCCUACUUGCCACUCUGAUGAAGCGGCAUCAUGCAGCCUUUCUGAGUCAGUGGCGUCCCCUGUCUGUAAUAGUGGAGCCGGCCUAGCUGUGCCAGCCAACCGUCAGCAGGGUCCCAGGAGGACAACCGAGGUCGCCUGUACAUUCGAAUUUCAAAACGCGAAUUCUUCAGGUGGAAGAGGCCAUAUCACUAAUGGCCCCGCUGAACAUGAAACAGAACAUCUUGAAAUCUUAGCACCUGCUCGGGAGAAUACGUGGGCAAUGUCUGGCGGUGACAAUACUUCAGAGUGGAUGGCUGACGCAGAAGUCUUGCACUUUGUUGGCACUGCAUGGACUCAUGUACCCUGUCGUGUACUUCGGUAUGAGAGCGACAGCCGGAAAUUCGAGGUUGCGCUGCAGGACGGGUCGCUUAAGGCAGUCAGACGGCUGGCACUCCGCUUUCGUUUCGAAACGCCACAGCUCCACAAGCAAAGGCUGGAAGCAUGCAAUGACAGACGGAUGCGUGCUCUGCUUUGCCAGCAGCUCCUUAGGUCGGUCAACAGGUUGCCAUCCUCAGCUUUUUCCCCACUUCCUUGUAAAACCGUCAAUUGCAUUCUAAAAGCAGCUACUGGAAUCGAGCGGUUUCGCCAUGUCGGGCUACCUUUGGAAAUUCUCGUUUUAGCAAAACGUUGCCUGAACGAAAGGUUUCUAGAAGCUAUGAAGUUUGGCGCUGUGCUGCAUUCUGCUCGACUCUUGCAUGCCAAGGGCACACUUGAAUCUUAUAUUGCAGAUUCUUAUCCGCAGCAGCAGCGACGACGGGUACAGCAUCCAUGCCCAUGUGAAUGGAAAGAAGAUGGCAAGCUUGUGACGCUACUCAAAGUACUGAAGCCGCUACUCUCGGCUGCAGUGCCAUCUUUCGGCAGAUUAGACGUCGGAGCGGCUGAUUCUUUUCGAAGAGCUCUAGUCCGCUUACGCAAGAGGCCUCUCUUUGCAACCAGCAAGACGUUCAAGCUGAGCUUACUAUUGAAAGGGAUAUUUUGUGACCUCGGAGGCCUCUCCUUUUUUGACUUACCGAGCCGGAAGCUUCAGCAUCUAAGCUUUGCACGGGUGUUUAAAAAAUCCGCAAUUCUCAAACCAUCAGAAUGGACUUUCCCCGAUCCGGAACAGUAUCUUGUUUACCAGCGUGCUCUGGCCGCUGACGUGGCUAGUGCUUUGCAAGAGAUUGCAAGGGAUUCUUUGUGCCACGCUCUCAUUAGCGCGUUUGCCCCAUUGGCAGCGACUGUUGCAGCGAAUGGGGCUGGAGCCACAGCUCCAACAGUGAGUUUACAGGGUACUGCAGCCUCUAUGCCAGGUAAUGCAGGAACAGCGAGACCAAAAUCAUCCCUGCGCCUCCAGCUAAAUCGUUUUAACAUCAUGCUACAGAGUGAUCUCCUGUCGUUUGUCAUGGAUUCUGCAAACGAGUGGAAAAACUACAUGCUGCGGGCACUGGACGAGAAGUUCGAGCCGUUUCUGCAGCAGAGCCCAGCAUCACUCCCUGUCCCUGCUCCAGCAGACACGUUUCUUUUAAAAAGGAACAUUCCUUGCCUUUUACAGCUUCGUGUUAUCAUUUACCAAGACGAAGCCAUCUUUCACCCAUCCCAAGAAGAGCAAGUCAAUCUGAAAUACACACCCCAGCUAGUAGAGGGCCUUCUCCGGCAAGCCCUUGAAACCAUGAUAGAAGCAGUUGGCACAAUAAACAAGCUUGAGGCUGACUUGGUACCCUUCGCCGAGCCGACAGAGGAGCCACUAUUGCAGCUAUCGAGAGAGGAACCGUUUUUAGUUGCUGCCCGAGAAGCAACGUUCUGUGCUAUCCGGGCUUCUCUCGCUGAGGCAGAGCCGCUAAGGAAGCAGCUCGAUGAAGUUGCUUGUGCUCUACGAGGUGACGCCUCGCUGCCUUUUAAGGAGAAUGGGGGCUUCGAUGUACAAAAACUACAUUUCAUAUUACAGCGCUACACAAAUGCAGAAACGCAGCUGCAAAAGCUGAGCACGCGCGUUGCAGCACGGAUGUUUGUCGUGGAUGGAGCAGCUGCUAAGAAGACGUUGCUCUCCAAAGUCCAUCAGCUAAGAUGUGCUCUCUGCACCCAAGCACUUGUGUGGGUGGAGAAUGAAGUGAAUUCGCUUUAUGAUUCAUGGAUUGAAGCCCUAAGAAGGGCCUCAGCUGUACCUGUCAACGACGAAGAGCUCAUUGGCUUAAAAAAAUACUUGGCAGAAGUCCAUACGGAGACACAGCCCCUAAUUACUUGCGGGAAAACCGUUUCCAGCCUUCUAACCGUUCUUGAGGGCUACUUUGUUUUUGCUCCACCGAAGGUGCAGAAGCAGAUGUUUGAAUUGGAAUGCUUCUCUCUGAGGCUUAAGGUGGUUGUGGGUGAAGCUAGUGGCAUUCUCGAGUUAGCGAAGGAAAGGUUGGAAGCAAGGCGGCAGAUAACCGGGAGGCACUUAAAGGUGGAAUUCGACGCCCUGAGAGAUGACAUAGAGGCAGCAGCUGCAACAUUUACGCAUCUCGAACAGUCUCAUACUUAUAUGCCGCUUCUUGAAACGCUCUGUGGAAGGGUGCAUGCUGCCAUUACUGAAGUCGAAAACCUGCACAAAGCUGAGGGCAUCUUUGGUCUCGAGGCAUCACAGUUCAAACAGCUUGAGGCCGUCUGCCUCCUCUCCGGAAAUCUGAAUGAGGUGCGCUAUAAAAUUCGAUUCCUGUGGAAAGCUGCAAGCGACUUCCAGAAGAAUCGCGACGAGUGGCUGAUGCUGCCUAUAUGGCAGUUGAGCCAUGAUGAGGUGGAACAACGGCUGCAGCGGUGGCGCCAAACGGCGUCGGCAGUACGGCGAGUGGCCGGCGUUUUUCAAUCUGUAGAGCCUCUUCACGCGUGUGACGAGCUCCUGCAGGCCAUCACAUCAUUUCAAAAGCUCUUGCCACUCAUUAAAAGCUUAACACAUCCAUCGUUUCAGGCGAAGCACUGGCAGGAGCUUGGGGCACUACUAGAGGUCGAACCUCUUUUUCAUGGGGAAGUAGUUGCCUUUUCUCUGAAUCAGCUUGUUCACCGGGGUUGGUCUAAGGCUACCCAAGCAAUUAAACAUAUUAGUGCUACAGCCUUACGGGAGUUUCACACUAAAGAAUACUUGCAGAAUUUGCGAGGGGUGUGGAGAUCACUGAAAAUAGAGUUUGUUGCGCUGGGUCAAGAGGAGUGUGGUCGGAAGACGCUGAAAGGCUUUGAAACCAUCCGUUCGCUGAUAGAGGAACACCAAACAUGUGUGAACAGCUUACUGGACCCACAGAUUAGGGGUGAAGUGGACCUACAAACUCGCGAAUGGCUUCAGAAGCUAAGCCAGCUCGAGUUUCUGUGCCACUUGUUAGAAAGCUUCCAAGCUUCGUGGGCAUAUCUGGUUCCUAUUUUCGACUACCCAGAGAUCCAGCAGAAUCUGGGGAAAGAAUACAAAGUUCUGACCAAGUUAAGUAAAUUGUGGGAGCACGAAGUUAUCGGCCGGCUCGCUGAUAGUACAAACCUGCUAGAUUUUGUUGAUAUGGACGAACUACCGCAUAUGCUGCAAGCAGCGAGCAACGAGCUGUCCGCGGUCAAAAAGAGUCUAAACGACUUUUUGGAUACAAAGCGGUUGGCGUUUCCUCGUUUUUGGUUUUGUUGUAAUGAGGAACUUGUCCAGUUGUUGGCAGACGCCCGCGAAGCCAAACUGCUUGGUCCUCACAUACAGAAAUGUUUCGAAGGCAUCCACUCCUUACAGCUUGAUCAACAUGGGAAGCAGGCCGAGUCUAUGCUAUCACAUCUCGGAGAAAUCAUGCCACUUACUCGCCCUAUCCAGCUCUUGAAAGAUGGCCAAACUACCUCCGUCGAAGAACUGUUCUCAGCUAUCGAAAGCGCAAUGUGCUCAUCUUUGCAACAAGCUAUGCAAUGCGCAUGGGAAGAAUUUCCUCUGUCUCCAAGCCACGUACUAUGGAUCACAGACUCGUGCACGUGUUCCCAGGCAGCACUUGCCAUUGCACAUUGCUGUUGGACUGCCCAGGUAGAAGCAGCGAUUCUCCAGCAGCAGCUUCCACAACUUGUGAAGGACCUUCGGCAUCAGCUCGGGCAGUUGAUGGAGGCUGUUAGAGGACCGUUAAGUCCUGUGACUCGCCUAGCUCUAGCAGCCAUGAUGACCUUGGACGUGCACUUCCGUGAUGUUGUAGAGGAGCUGCAGCAAAGUAGGACAGUAUCCAUUGGCCAAUUUGAAUGGGUUUGUCACCUUAGGAGCUACUGGAUUUUAAACGGAAACCAGACGAGCGGAGAAGCAGGACAUGAUUCCCUGAAUGUUGAGAAAGGGAGAAACACAACGAAACACAGGCGAGAGUCUGGCAGCAUUCUUCACCUCUGCAUGCUCGACAGCUGCCUCUGCUAUGGUUUUGAGCUCCUGCGUACUCCUGAACGUCUGGUAGUAACACCGCUGACAGAACGCUGUUAUCGCACGCUCAUGACCGCAAUACAUUUCCACUACGGUGGUGCCCUUGAAGGCCUAGCGGGAACCGGCAAAACGGAGACAAUCAAGGACCUAGCGAAGGCUGCAGGAAAACAUUGUCUGGUUUUUAACUGCAACGAAGGCCUAGAUGCCACAGCGGUGGCUGCCUUGCUGAAAGGCCUUGCCACAAGUGGCAGCUGGUGCAGUUUCGGCGAAUUUAACAGGCUAGAGCUUGAUGUCCUCUCAAUUGUUGCUCUACAAAUAUCUAUGAUUCAACAGGCCAUCAGAAGAAGAGCUUCGACGUUUGCCUUUGAAGAUACAGACCUCCAUCUUAAUUCUGCAUGCUCUAUCAACAUUACCAUAAACCUUGGAUAUGCCGGCCAAUCGAUUAUACCGGACACUUUAAAAGCGCUGUUUCGACCUUGCACCAUGAUGAUCCCCGACGCAGCACUAAUUGCUGAAGUUAUACUUUACACUAUUGGUUUCCAAGAUGCCCAUCAGCUUUCCAGAAAGAUGACCAACUGUCUCCAUUUAGCCUCUGAGCAGCUAGAACGGCGAAGCCACUACGACUUUGGAAUGCGGGCAGUGGUGGCAGUCCUGAAUACAGCAGGUCAUCUCUGUCUACAUUGUGCAAGGGCUGUGUCGGAAUCUGUGUCGAAGAGUGUUCGGGAUGGGCUAGGGCAAGGUGUAGAAAGACAGCGAUUUGAAGCGAUGGUGCUUUGCAAAGCGCUACAGCUAACAAACAUACCAAAGCUUCAUCCCACAGAUCAGAUAGUCUUUGAUGAGAUAUUACAAGAUGUGUUCAAUGACGGUGACAUAGCAAAAGGGGAAACUCACCACUCACUCGAGCCAUUUCUGAAGAACGCAGCAAGGCAGCUAAUGCUUGAACCUUCAAAGAAGUUCAUUGAAAAGACUCUCCAGGUUGUUGAUACACUAGAGCACCGCCAUGGACUAAUGCUUGUCGGUGCUUCCGCAACGGGGAAAACAGCCACCGUGAAAUGCCUUGAACUUGCACUCGAGCUACAGUGGGCAGUAACACCUGCUACCGUAUCCCUGGGAGCAGAAGAGUCUGAAAUUGCCGGGGCAGUUAGUGAACAAGCUAGGUCUACUCACGGUGAGAAUGAGAAGUGUGAGACAACUCAGGGCACUAGCGAAAUGCGUCAAAGCAAUAUCAGCAGUACCACCACACGCAGCUAUAGUAGUAGGACUGUUGCCACGAGGAAAUGCAUAUGUCACCGCAUAUUCCCUAAGUCAAUCGAAGUCAAGGAGCUGUACGGGUCAUUUGACUCGAAAACUCACGAAUGGAAAAGCGGUGCUUUAGAGCAAGCGGUGCGGGAUGCGUCUAAGGAGCCGAACAUCAAUAUCCAGCGCUGGAUUGUGCUCGAUGGCCCUGUGGAUGUGAAAUGGGUGGAAUGUCUUAACUCAGUGCUUGACGAGAACAAGAAGUUGUGUCUAACUAGUGGAGAAGUCGUCCAGAUACCUCCUCAGAUGGCGUUGCUAUUUGAAGUGACCGAUUUGCAUUGUGCAUCCCCCGCAGCAGUCUCUCGUUGUGGCAUAGUGUAUAUCCACCGGGAUGUGCUGGACUGGAAGACUCUCCUACGAGCAUGGGGUCUUCAUUCUCCUACAGCAAAGCUUCUUGGCAAUACCCUCGCGGCGGACAUCGCAAAGACGCUUUCUGAAGCAUUCGAAGUUUGCUGGGCGUUUCUUUCUAAAUAUGAUGGUGGCCCUCUUCAAAUAACGCCAAACUGGAUGAUUCUCAAUGUGCUUCGGCUCUUUGAAGCAGUUGUUGCGCAAAUCUUCAAGCCUGCCCAGAAUACUGAGGGGAAGGUGGAAAGUUUACUAGAACACUCCCUGGAGGGUGCUUUGGCGUUUGCAUUGCUGUGGGGCGCUGGUGGCACGCUCUCCGCCGCUGAACGGCCCGCUUUUGAUGUGGCUUUCCGAAGUCUGCACAGCGGCCAGGUUGAUGUUUUGGAGCGAAUGGGCCUCUUCACCAGCACAUCCUCCGAAAAAAAUGAAGAGAAACAGCAAACCGUGUCUAUACGUCAAGUACGACGAUUUAAGCACCAUCUUCCCCCAACGGGUAGCUGUUUUGAUGUAUUUUGGGACUUUCAGCAGAAGAAAUGGCACUCCUGGUCAUCUCUGCCCGUUUUGCCAGAUGCGUGGAAGGACCCACUAUCUCGUUUUCACGAAGUGCUCAUUGAAACACCAGAAACUGCUUUGUUGGAGUAUUUCUUGCAAAUCAUUGUGGCCAAAGGUUACACACAUUUCAUGCUAGUGGGGGAGGCGGGGAGUGGGAAAAGCAAAUGUAUGCAUCAUAUCUUGCAGCGCAUGGCCACGGUGAGCCAGCAACAGUACUUCCAUCAGUUGCAAGAGCAGGGUUUUCCAGUAGUACUCCAAACACAAGGUCCAUCCUCAGGUUUAAUUCCCGGUGCUACACCAGCAUCCACUGUCCAGAACAGCGCCUUAGGUUUUCUCACGCUCGGUCUUACCGGAGCGACCGCGCCUCGUGGGCUGCAGCAAUGGAUAGAAGCCAGACUGGAGAAGUGCCACGGGGCUGUCAUGCGCCCUUCUGGAUUCUCACAAGCUGUACUUUUGCUCGAUGAUGUUCACUUGCCGGAAUUUGAAGAAUCCGGGGCUCAACCAGCAGGCGAGCAAGUCCGGCAGCUGGUAGAAUUUGGAGGGUGGAAUCAACACGGUACCUGGAGGUUUCAUCCAAUUAAGGGAAUAACCAUUUCUGCAACCUGCCGUUCCGUGCGACAGCAGCCCCAUCAGUAUAAUAAGCGGCUAUCUAGACACUUCUUUCCGCUAAUGGGAGUACCCUAUUCUCCAGAGUCGUUGCAGACGAUCCUGCACCAGCUCCUUUUACUGCGUUUUGGAAAGUGCGCGGAUACUGUAGUGGAUGGACUUAACAAAGUCGCACUUCUAACUAGGCGGUUGUACACAAAGGUGCAACAACUAUUGCCCCCACAGCCAUCUCGCUGGAUGCACCACUGGACUCCAAGAGACUGCUGGAGGGUUGUACAACGGCUAGCAUUCUUGAACAAUGUGAACUCGCAUACUCAAAUACUAUGUUGCUGGCUCCAUGAAGUGCGGGCAGUCUUCGAAGACAGAAUAGCGGCCCUAACCGACGUGGACAUCCUCUCAGCCGCCAUUGGGGAUGUUUUAAAAGAUACUUUUCACAUUACCAUAGCCGAUUUGGAACCUGCAGUGCAAAGCCCUUUGAUUUUCGCCUUUAGCAAAUCUGAAGUGAGGCGGGCAGCAACGGACGAUGGAGAAGCAGCUGCAGUGGGCUUCACAUUAAACUGUCGGGUGUACGGAAGAGUCACACUUUUGGAGGCACACCAGCUCUGUGCAGCUGGACUUGAGCAGUAUUCCCUGCUGUACCCCAAGGACCCACUGAAUCUCGUGCUCUUCUCUCAUGCUGUGGAGCACGUAGUGAGAUGUAUGAAUACCCUCCUCCAUCCCCAGGGGCACCUGUUGCUUCUUGGGAUUGGUGGAUCUGGGAGGCGAUCGUCAGCUCGCCUCGCCGCAUUCCUAGCAGGCUUUGAGACUGUGGAGCUGCAUGGUCAGGUCCAGUCUCCUUCACUUGUUGACUGGCAACAAGACUUGAAGCGCAUCAUAUGGGCAACUGGAGUUCUUAAAAAGCAUCUGUUAUUGCUAGUUUCGCCCGAAUAUCUGGAAGAUAAGGAAAUUGCCCUAGACCUUUGCACCCUUCUCCAGCUCCGAGAAGUGCCGGAUGUUUUGGCGGCUGAUGAAAAGGCAGAAGCCCUUACUGCCUUACGCAGCAAGAUCUCCAUCGGGUCAGCAGCGGGUAGCGGAGAACUAGACGCUGAUGAGAAGGGCGAAAGCAUGACUUCCACUUCAAACCCGAACAUGGAGCUAUUGGCUACAGAGUGCAGGCAGCGCCUCCGUGUCUGUACGUACCUCAGCCCUAGUGACCCCCAGACCCAGAUGCUACUGAGGAGGUUUCCUGCUCUAACUGGCUGCUGCACGGUAAACUACUUCCGGAGGUGGUCCGCUGAGGCUCUUCACUCUGUUGCUAGACAAAAGCUUCAGGUGGCGUGUACUGCACUUCAGCAGCAGGAAGCAGUUACAAUAUCCAGUUGUACGACUCCCAACAAAGACGCAACCCAGCAAGGAGACUCGACAGAGUCUUCUUCAUGCACUGAUCUGGAAACGAGGCUAGAAAAGCUUUGUGUAGCUUGUACUAGUAUUUUCGAGUCAACAGAGACUGUUGCCGAGCUUUACCGGAACGAGCAACGGCGCUUCUUCUAUGUGACACCUGCCUCUUUUCUUCGCCUCCUAAAUACUUUUUGUUACUCAUCUAUUAAACAAUCCGAUUGUCAGCAGAAUCAGCAGCACCGUUACAACCUUGGCCUACAAAAGCUGCGAGAAGUGAGCGCCUUAGUAAUCGAAAUGCAGCACCAGCUGCAAAAGCUUCAGCCAGAACUUGAGACGGCAACAAAGGAAGCUGAGGAGCUUAGGAGGGUGCUAGCCAUCAAGCAGGAUCAUGUCGCUGUGGCUUUGGGGCUUGUAGAGACCCAAGAAAAGGAGUGCAAAAGCCAGGCUGACGCAGUUGCACUAAUUGAACGUGAGUGUACAGACCAACUAGCUGAAGCCACGUCUCUAUUGUUGGCAGCAGAGGAAGAACUUAAGAUGCUUAGUAAGGCAGAUAUUACCGAAUUGAAGAACAUAAAAACUCCUCCUGCGGGUGUGGUAAAAGUGAUGGAGGCUACAAGCAAGCUGUUAGGAGUACGGCCAGUAUUCGUCCAGAGUGUGCCUAGGCAGUCCCGGCAGGCCGACUACUGGCAAACGGGGAAAAAGUACCUGCUCGAGAAUAGCCACUUCCUACAGCUUCUUUUGAACUUCGACAGAGAAUCCGUUGCUAGAAAUGUUAUUGCAGCGGUAGCGCAGUAUGAAGAUGAUGCAGACUUUGAUCCAGAAGCCAUCAAGAAAGCAUCUUUGGCAGCCAAAAGUCUGUGCCUCUGGGUAAAAGCCCUGAUUGCGUACGAUAGGGCUAACCGCUCUGUAAAGCCACGUCGAGUAGCGCUGCAAAAGGCCCAGUCCGAGCUCCAGCUUGCAGAAGCCUUGCUAACUGAUAAAGAGAAGGAAUUGUUGCGUACUCAACAACAUGCCGAAGAGCUCUACAAUCAGUACCAGCAGGCCCUUCAGCACUUAGAGACGAUUCAGAACAAAGAAUACACGUUUAGAAAGCGCCUUACUGUUGCAGAAAAGAUAAUUUCUGCCGUGGGUGGUGAACAAGCUCGGUGGACUGAAAAGCUUGGCAUUAUUAAGAAUCAAAUGCUGUGCAUAGCUGGGGACGCUGCACUGGGCGCAGCGCUGAUAGAAUUUGGCGGUGCUUUCCACCCAACCUAUAGAGCUAAGUGCCUUGACAUCUGGAAAAAGGAGUUGGAAAAGUGUGGCCUGAAAAACACACGCGGUUAUUCCCUUGAGCAAGCUUUCGCUAGCCCACAAGAAGCGCAACACUGGAUUUUGCAGGGCCUGCCCAGCGACCAAUUCUCUAUAGAAAAUGCCGUUAUCGCUCUCAACGCGCAGUUUUGCCCUAUGCUGAUAGAUCCCCAUCAGCAGGCAGCCGAAUGGCUCGCCCAUACGUUUUCAGACAUGACAGUACUACGAGCGCAAGAGCCACAGUUCACGAGAUCCCUGCAGCUUCUGCUGCAACACGGUGCUGUGGUAGUCCUUGAAUGCUUUUCUGAGAGACUGGAGCCAGCACUGAGCCACAUUCUGAAGUGGCAAAAACAAAGGCAGAUACACUUACCAUGCGGCGAUGUCCUGUACCAUUGUACAACCUUCUCUUUGUUGGGAGGGGGGCCCCCCUCCACUGUGGAUCUCGGGAGUAUGACAGUCGAUGUGCACCCAAGCUUUCGCUUAUUGCUCAAGACCCCUCUGAACGCACCACGCUUCUCCCCAGAGUUAUGCUCUAGACUGACCCUGAUCGAUUUUUCUGUUGGACUCAAAGGGCUAGAGCAGCGCCUACUUCAGCUGGCACUUCAAGUUGCUGCCCCAGAUACCCACACGACAUGUCUGAGACUGCUUCACCAGGAGGCGGAAAUGCGUGACCAGCUUAGUGCCGCGGACUAUAGCAUGCUUGAAGCCCUGAGAAACGCAAAAGGGGACAUAUUGGAGGACGCAGAGUUGCUCUGCACACUUCGACAUGCAAAAGUUGUAAUUGAAAACUGUAAUGAAAGGCUCCACGAACAGAAGACUGCCCAGGCAGCUGCCGAAAACACGCUGUCGCUUUAUUACCCAGUAGCUCGUCGUGCAGCCGGCCUCUUUCAAGUACUGCAGCGGCUCGAAAGUGCACAUCCAAUGUACCUCUUCAGCGUCCAUAUGUUUCAAAAAUGUUUCGUCGAAGCAGUCAUGGAAAGCUUAGGCCAGUCAAAUGCCACUGCACGGCAGCUCAAUGCUUUUACGCAUACAGCUGACUUAGUGGAAGCAGCGAUACGAAGAAUAUAUCGAAGUAUCUAUCCUUGCCUCUUUGAGAAACACAAGCCCCUUCUCCCAGUCCUCCUGGCAUUGCAGUCCAUUCAAAUGAAAGGCUCAGCAACACCUGAAGAAAUUCAGCAGCUAUUUGCACCUGUAGUUGGGCAGCAAUUGGCUGGAGUGAGCCCUGAAGAGUCACGUGAAGACUCAAUAGCGUUCCCAGAAGUCCCAGACAUAGCGUGGCCCACAGCCAGCUCUCGCGAAAAACUAAAAGAUUUGCAGCUUCUUGGCGAGCCAUUUCUAUCCGUUGUAUCGUCUAUGUCACAACGCAAUAAGGAUUGGAAAAGCGCUCUAUGCUGUGCAAACCCGUUAGCUACUGAAUGGCCAGAGAAUCCCCAAACCGCCCUUCUACAGCAAGCGGAAGUCACACACAUGCGUACAAAGUUCGUUACAGUGGCUCUGGGCAGGGAUCAAGCACCAAAGGCAGUAUUCGCGAUUCGCAGCGGAGUCGAAAAUGGCCACUGGGUGCACUUGCAAAAUUGUCACCUUCAUCUGGGUUUCCUGAAGGAGCUGAGUGUCAUAGUCUCAGAUUUGGCGACGCAAAAUCCACACAAAGAUUUUCGGUUGAUCUUGAGUGCUUUUCCAUGCGAUGGCUUCCCCACUUCAAUCCUCCUCAGGAGCCAAAAGCUGGCAUACGAGCCACCUCGAGGACUGAGACAGAGUUUGCAAAGCAUUUACACCGAAGCAGUUCCAGCAUGGAUACAGCUUGAGACUGCAUUGCCGAAAGGUGAAUUGCAGCUCGCACCGUGGAGUUUCUUGCAGCAUAUGGCCUCAGAAAUCAACUACGGAGGCAGGGUCACCGAUGAGCGAGACCGGCAGCUGCUUCGUUAUUUGUGUCAUGAAGCUCUUUCUGAAGACGGGUUGUGGCGGCAAACCGGGCCCUCAUGCUUAGACGCCUUUAAAGCACCUGCAGCCAAUCUUACCUGUGCUGAAAUUCUCGCGCAAAUCAAAAUGCUUCCCGUCGAAGAGGAACCGCAGGUAGAGAUUGCCAUACUUUCACAGUGUUGUUGCAAUUUUAUGCAGAUUUUUGGAUUGCAAGCGAGUGCUGAAAUCGCCGUCGCUAGUGCCGAGUCUUUAGAGAUUCAACAGCGUCUAAUGGCUAUACACCACAAGCAGCAUGCGAGCACCCCGUUUGACACAACGCCUUCAGGAAUAGAGAGCAGCAGCGAGGUUAGGGAGCGUGCUAGUGUCCUACUUGCUCAGCUGCCUCCGAUCUUUAACCUGGAGGACGCUGCAGCUUUAAGGAGCCAUUCAUACGAAAACGCUAUGGAUACAGCGUUGCUCCAGGAAUUAACGCGUUAUAAUGCUCUAAUUGCCAUUACAAAAAAAACUCUUCAAAUCCCCCAGGACGCAGCUGAUGGAGUGGUAGAAUAUACAGACGAAGUCCAGAACGUACACCAUUGUAUUAGACAGAAUCGCGUGCCACAAAUCGUUGCAGCAGCGAGCUACCCGAUGGCAUUUGGUCUGGCUGCAUGGAUGGCCAAUCUCAAAAAGCGUGUGGCUUUCAUAAAGCUGUGGCUGCGCGGCCCACCUCCUAAACCAUUUUGGCUCCCUGGCUGUUUUAACGCCAGAAGCGUGUGUACGGCAAUCCUGCAACAGUUUUCUAGACAUGAGGGUCUUAAACUAGAUGCUGUAGGCUUCAACUUCUCUGUACUACCCGAUAGCGCACGCGAAUCUAGUUCAAGUACCACCGAUAAAGCGAUGCAGGCUGCCGAGGUUUCCGCAUCGCAUUUUUCACAUGAUGUUUCGGGGCUUUUUCUACACGGCGCAAGCUGGUCAUCCGAGGACAAGGUAAAGCUAGUGAAAACCAAGCUUGGUCAAAAAGUAGAAAAUAACACUGAUGCUGACACUACUGUACUUGUCCUUACCUUGUCUCUCGACCGUGUCAUUCGCCCCCCCAAAUUCUACAGUUGCCCACUGUACAGUAGUUCAAGACGAAGCGGAAUACAGACUGCAGCUGGUAAGUGUUUCCUUGAAAGGUCAGCUUUUUCAACUCCUGGACAGCGUUGUGUACAAUCCAAGGAUAUUCUAAGAGCAGUCACGAUAUCAAAAGCUACAUGCUUUGGCGAAAUAGACCUGGCUGGCUCGCCGCCAGCCUGUGUUUAUUUGGGAUUCUGUUUGGGCUUCGCUGCCGAGGGGUCGUCUGCUAUCACUGAGACCUCGAGAUUUACCACUUUACCUAGCAAGGCGACUAUUCCCGUCGUGAUUAUGGAGGCACUUGAAGAGUGUCCUUUUCCCCCUUCAUGCGAAAAGCAUUGCCAUCCAUGCUGUGGUCAUCGUUUAUCUCUCCUGGGUGCCUACACUGCAACAUCUUGGCGUAAUUAUGCGGUUACUGCCUUGAGGCUGUCACUUGAUCGCUUGGCCUUUAUAUCACCCAAUGCAGCGUUGUACGCGCGAUUCUUCCCGUGUAUCCAAAAGGCUUCUGCUUUGUCAAUGUGGCCCGCACAUGUGGAUGCUUGCACCUGUAAAAACAAGCUUUUACUGUUGACGCGAUUCAAUGCAAAAGCAGUCGGUAGCUAUAUUUUUGUGUUAUGGAAGAGAUCUAGCUUGCUAUGUACUGCACAGAGGUACGAUGGGCUAGCCAACCUAGCAGGAGCUGAAAUCCAUGACCAGGCGGUGGGAAGGAUGCAAGCGUCAGCCAAAAUAGACUGUAGACCGUCUGCUGAGCUUCGGGAUCAGAUUUAA